AAGCAAGCUUGUGACGAAUACCAGUUAGCUCUUCAGUGUGGUAAAGAAUAUCGUAAUGCUGACUUACACCUCAACGCUGGAUCAGCGUUUCGAUACCAGGAGAAUUAUUCUGAAGCGUUGUCACAUUUAAAACAAGCAGUCAAAUAUGAUCCCAACAAUGUCAUAGGAGGGCUACGGUCGAAACGAACGGCGGAAUUUAAGGCGUCGCUCUUAAAUUGUUCUUCAUCGAUAAACCCUUUUACUGGACUUACUACCGUUGCGUUAUUCAAGGAUUUGAAAGAUGGACCUAACACAGGGAUCGUCACAAUAGGCAAGAUUGUUGCGAGCCUUUCUCACGAGGAUACCGUUCCUAUUGCAUCUGUACUAAUGGACGUUGAAGGUGACCGUCUAGCUCUCUGUAUAUAUAAUAGUGCUCCGUCAUUAUCAUUCUCAAUUGGAGAUACUAUAGCAGUUGCAGAUCCUUACGUCAUAGUGGUGAAGGACUUGAAUCUUCCUGACUUGCCUGGCGGACCAUUUCGCUCCAUUCGUGUGCCAAAUCCUUCGAAGAUUUCUCGUAAUGGAAGUCUACCAAGACCUACACAGUUGGCACCAUCACAUUUGAAGAUCUCUACUCUGUGA